CAGUAAUAGCUCGACGAGAGAGAGAGCGCGUACGAUAUUGAAAAAGAGGGAGGGAUGGGGAGAAUUGGGCAUAACACACAAAGGGAUAGAAUCAAAGCUUCGGAUUUCAGGAAUUGCUAUUGGGAAUAGAGAAAGUGUAUAAGUAAUCGGUGGCAGAUAUGGCAGUGAGCGCGUGGCAGGCUCUGUCUCCGCUGCAGUGGGCUCGCUGGGGCUGGGACACGCUGCUGGGAGGGACAUCUGAAGAGGAUGGGGCAGACCCAGCCCUAGGGCUCCUCCAGAGCCUCAGCUGGACCUCCAGACAUGAUUACAUGAUCCAUGGCAGGCAGAGGAGCUCAGACUCAGACGGAGCGUUCGAAACCCCUGAGUCCACCACCCCUGUGAAGUCUGCUUCCCCACCAGUGUCCCCAACAGAGCCCCCCUGCACCAAAUCAGAGGCAUUGUCCCCAGAACACACAGCUUCCACUGCUGACAUCUCUGCCAGUGAAGCUGAAGAGCCGAAACAGCUUCAACCUCUCAGCCGCUCUCAAUCCAGAGCCUUUGAUGAGGACAAACCAAUAGCUGCUAGUGGCAUCUAUAACCUAGAUUACUUAAUUGCUGAUGACCCCGUCCCAGAAUCAAAUUUUGGGUCUGGACCAUCAAGCAGAGCGCCUCUUACCCGCUCUCUAAGCCUACAGUCAGGUGAGUUAGAGAGCCCAGGAGACAAGCCCUCAGGAGGAACCUCCGAAAAACUCAUUCACACACAAGCAGAGUCCUUCAGCACAGGAACAGAAAGCGCUCCGGGAACACUUCGUAAAGUGAAGAAGCCCCGUUCAGGUUCCCUAAAGAAGAAACCUCUUUCCCAGCAGAACUCAAACCCAGAGCAUUCCUCUCCCAAAACAGUUUCCUCUAGCAAUACACCAGAAGAGAAAAAGAGAGGAAAACUACAUCCCGAAAGUCCCUUGCAAACUCAAGAGAGGCCUAGUUCCUCUCCCAGCCCUAGUCCUAGUGGUUCCCUGCGGAGGAACAGGAUAAAGACUCGAGUUGAGAGUCCUCCACCUUUGCCUGAGGAGGUCACUACCAGCUCAAUAUCAAGUCCUGUACCUGAGGCUCCAACUGUCCCUGACGAGGAGUCUCCUAUCCCUCCAACUGCCUCCUACAAAUGGGAUCCAGACAACUUUGAGAAUAUUGACCCAUUCUGUACAGGAGGCAGUAAAGUCGCCAACUCGCCGGUCUUGGGCAGGAAAGCCGACUUUACAUCAGUUUCAGACACCCCUGUUGCUGUAGAGGAGCCUUGUGCCUCUUCUCCUGCUAAAGAACAACCCAUUAACACUGAGGAACAGCCAAUCAACACUGAGGAACAGCCAAUCACAAAGCGCCAAUCAGUCAGACUGGAGUUUGACUAUUCAGAGGACAGUGGAGAGGCACCUCGCAAUACUCCUCCUCCUAAAAUCCUAGGCAAGAAACCAGGGGCCAAGAUGCCCAUCCGAAAGCCCAAACUGGGGAUUAAGAAGGCCCCUCCACCGCAGACAGAGCAGCUAGACAAUGCACCUAUCCCUGCACUGACAAAUGAUAUGGAUGAUAUCCCAAUCCCCAAGGGGCUAUAUAACUUUGAUCCCAGCAAGUGGGAUGACCCUAACUUUAAUCCAUUUUCUUCAAGCACUGGUAUCCCCAACUCUCCUGGCCUGCCUAAAGGAUCUCACAGCUUUGGUCCUGACUCCUCUGAUGACACAGCCGAUCCCUUCAAAUCAUCCAACAAGAUGGGAAGCGUGCCUCCAAAAGCUGCCUCUUUUGACAAGUCCAACAAUGACAACGAGAAUGACAACGAUAACAUUGUUGAGUUGGAGGACCACAACCAGAACAAACCUGCCAAGAGCAAGAAGAAGCCUCUCAAAUCUAACACUUUUAGAGUGAAGAAAUCACCAAAGAGGACUCCGAUUACUGAGCCGUCUGCUCAAUGUUGUCCUGUGUGUUCUCCAAUCUCGCCCUCCACUUCACACACACAUAAUCACCUUCAGGAGCACUCACCUGACGCCAAUCCUGAGCCUUCACAAGAUCACGCCACAGAUGAGGAGAAACUGGCUUCCUCCACCAGUCAGAAAUGGACUAGACAUGACAUAGAGGUGGAGCUGACCUCUGACUCCCAAGACUUCCCACAGCCGACUGACUUUACAGCUUUUGUCAACGAGAACAGUUUACCCAUACAGAGUGAUGUUACAGAUUAUGAGAUUGAAUACAUGGAAAAGAUCGGUUCCUCCACAGCUCCUCUCUCGGUGAUGAAACCAUCACUUUAUCUGAAGCUGGACUCUGUGCCAGACAGUCCAACAAAGACUUCCAACAAACAAGAUUCAGAGCCCAAUUCUCCCUGCACUGGGAGCUUCGAGGAGAUGGAGGCUCAAAUCUCACAGGGGAAAUCACCUGUGCUGCCACCACGUGGUGCUCGUGACUCUAUGGCCUCAGAGAAGAGCAGAAAGAGGGACGGCCAGUCUCAGAAUCGAACACCGAGCAACCAUAGAGAUGGAGCGUCCCCAAUCCAGGGCCCAGUGGAUCCCUCAGAUCUGCCCCUCUUAGACAGGCUGUCUGAUUCACCUGCCCCUCUCAGCUACCUGGAACCUGAUCUGGCAGAGACCAACCCCACUGCCUUUGCUCAAAAACUGCAGCAGAGAGAAAUGGUCUCACCGGAGGACAGUGGGGUUUCGAAGAGCUCCCUCUAUUCACUAUCAGGAUACAUUGAAGGGGAAAGCCCUCAUUUGCCGUGUGACAUGGACCACUCUCUUGCCAUCGCCCGAGAAGAGAUUGUUAUAAAAGAGAAAGAAGCCAUGGAGUGGAAAAGAAAAUACGAAGAGAGUAGACGGGAGGUGGAGGAGAUGAGGAAGAUAGUUAUGGAGUAUGAGAAGACUAUUGCAGAGAUGAUUGCCAUGCCUGAGGGUGAACAGAGGGAGAAGACUCUGUCUCAUCACACUAUCCAACAGCUGAUUCAGGAAAAGGACCAGGCUUUAGCUGAUCUCAACUCUGUGGAGAAAUCUCUCGCUGACUUGUUCCGUCGCUAUGAGAAGAUGAAGGAUGUUUUGGAAGGCUUCCGCAAGAACGAGGAUGUGCUGAAGAAAUGUGCACAGGAGUACCUGUCUCGUGUACGUAAGGAGGAGCAGCGCUACCAGGCCUUGAAGAUCCAUGCUGAGGAGAAACUGGAUAAGGCGAAUGCUGAUAUCGCUCAGGUGAGAGGCAAAGCCAAGCAGGAGCAGGCAGUGUAUCAGGCGAGUCUGAGGAAAGAACAGAUGAAGGUGGACUCACUGGAGCGCACACUGGAACAAAAGAACAAAGAGAUUGUGGAACUGACCAAAAUUUGUGAUGAACUGAUUGCCAAAAUGGGAAAGAGCUAGCCGUCCAUUUGACAGAGCUCUGUCCAUACCACAAAGGGACACAAGAACAAUAACUGGACAAGAUGGAGGGACAAGUUAAAAGUGUUUGUUAUUGUUUUUUCCUAUUUCUAAUGGACAGAACAAUGAACUAACCAAACAAAGGGAAUUCACACUACUGAAGUCUUCACAUAAACUUGGAGUCUCUAGGACACACUAGUUUCUGGCUGUAAUUAUUUUCUCUUCAUUUCAAUGUGUUAAUGUACAGUAAACCACCUUACCUUUGUUGAGGGCUUUGUGAAAGUACUCCCGGCCAUCAGUAGAGACUUUGUUUGAAUGUCUGUAUAGCACACACACACACACAC